UAGCGCCUCUAUCUCUCUCUCUCUUGGAGGGGAGAUUUAGCCAAGGUUUCCCUAGGUUGGAGUAAUGGCGCAAUACGAUCUUACUCCACGAAUCGCUCCUCUCCUAGAUCGCCAUCUUGUCUUCCCUCUACUGGAAUUCCUUCAAGAGCGUCAGCUAUACCACGAUGACGAGAUCCUCAAAGGAAAGAUUGUGCUCCUCAACAACACAAACAUGGUCGAUUACGCCAUGGACAUCCAUAAGAGCCUCUAUCACACUGAGGAAGUACCUCAAGAUAUGGUUGAUAGGCGUGUCGAGGUUGUUGCGAGAUUGAAAUCUCUGGAAGAGUCUGCUGCGCCAUUGAUAUCGUUUCUUCAGAACCCUAAUUUAGUUCAGGAACUCCGGGCGGAUAAGCAGUACAAUAUACAGAUGCUUAACGAUCGAUAUCAGGUUGGCCCAGAGCAGAUAGAGGCUUUAUAUCAAUAUGCCAAAUUUCAGUUUGAGUGUGGAAACUACUCUGGUGCUGCCGACUAUCUAUAUCAGUACAGGGCUUUGUCUACAAAUGCUGAAAGGUGCUUGAGUGCAUUAUGGGGAAAGCUAGCUGCAGAGAUACUAAUGCAAAAUUGGGAUAUUGCUUUGGAGGAGCUUAAUCGCUUGAGAGAAAUCAUUGACUCAAAGGUUUGUAUUGGAUACUCACAGAAUUUUGCAUCGCCAUUGAUUCAGUUGCAAAGUAGAAUUUGGCUGAUGCAUUGGAGCCUGUUCAUAUUUUUCAACCAUGACAGUGGCAGAACGGGGCUUAUUGAUUUAUUUUUUUAUGAUAGGUAUAUAAAUGCCAUCCAAACUAAUGCACCACAUCUUUUACGUUACUUGGCAACUGCAUUCAUUGUUAACAAAAGGAGAAGGCCUCAACUGAAAGAAUUUAUCAGAAUCAUCCAGCAGGAACAGUACUCUUACAAGGAUCCAAUCACCGAGUUUCUAGAAUGUUUGUAUGUUAAUUAUGAUUUUGAUGGUGCUCAAAAGAAGUUGCGAGAGUGUGAAGAUGUAAUUCUGAAUGACCCUUUUCUUGGAAAACGAGUUGAAGAAGGAAAUUUUUCUACUGUACCAUUGAGGGAUGAGUUCCUUGAAAAUGCACGCCUCUUUAUAUUUGAGACCUAUUGCCGAAUACAUCAGUGCGUUGAUAUGAGAAUGCUUGCUGAAAAGUUGAAUAUGAAUUAUGAUGAGGCUGAGAUAUGGAUUGUUAAUCUUGUUCGGAAUGCAAAGCUUGAUGCUAAGAUCGAUACCAAGUCAGGGACUGUUGUAAUGGAGCCCAAUGAUCUCGACGUUUAUGAGCAGAUCAUAGAGAAUAUGAAAGCGCUAGCAGGACGGACUUACAAAUUGGCACAUCAGGUUCUUGAAGCUGGACAGCCGCAGGCUGCACGAUAGGGGGUCCAGGUGCCAAUUUUUUGGGUACUACCAUUGCCAGAUUCAAGUGAAUCUGGUACUAGAUCAAAUUUGAUCUUGAAAGAUUUUGGUUAUUUAAGGAGUAGGAUCUGAGAAAGAACUGGUUGAAAUUUUUUGGAAUCACACCAGGAAGAAACGAAGAAGGUGGCGAUCAUAAAUUUUUGCAGGCUGAUUAUAUCUUACAUUGUUCUUGAAGGAACUGAUUUUGUUUUUGGUAUUGUCUAUUUUGUUUUGUGGAUUUGGAAUUUAUGUAAUGUAUGCUACAGAGACCAUGCCAGAAAUGUACUAAUAGUGGUUAGCUUGUCGAGUGAUCAAAACUCCUUGAAAUGGUUUU